UACAAUGGAUACUUGCAAGUUUAGUGGGGAAGUUUUCCCGUGAAGAUUGCGGAAAGCAGUACUUGAAGUUUCUGCUCUCAUAUGGAUUAACAGAUUGGUUGAUUACUACAAGCUCCACUUGCUUAUAAAAGAAACAAAUCUUCACUCACCGUUCAGCAAAGAAUCUUAUCAGACAACAAAAAUGGAUUUGGAAAUGUCAACAAAAUCAACGUCUAAGCUUCAACAGCUGAACAACGCCAGUGAGAAUGUCGACGCCGCAAGGACGAACAAAGAGCGGGCGGUCCACCGUCUUGACAAAUUCGGAGACAACUCUUCCUUCAGUGCUGCAGUGUACGAGUUUAAGAGCAAGUCAAUUAUCAAGCGUCUUCUUUGGGGAUUGAUUGUAAUUUUAGCAAUUGCAGGGUUUUGUUACAUCACUGCUCAGAGUAUCAACAUGCUGAUCGAAGAGCCGAUAUCUACCUCUAUUACUGAAAUGAGGCAGAGGGAGUUAGAGUUUCCUGCUGUGACCGUGUGCAGUCUGAGUUUCCUUGACACAACUGUCCUAAAAGAUUUCUCGAAUGAGCAGUACAAUAACGAAGACUUAGCCAAUCGAUUAGCAAAUUUAUUUGCUGCUGGUGGACCUCCAAAUGUACCUCCGUUGACAGAAUGCAUUUCAAUUGCGAAUGAGAUAACCAGCAACACUGGUUUUGACAUCGGCUUUGGAAAUCUUAUUUUGGAUGUUGCAAAAAAUGAUCCUAUUGGCUUAAUCGAACAGUGUUCUUUUCAAGGAAAUAAUUGCACUAACGACUUAGAAAUAGUUAACACAAUAAGUGGUGUCUGCUUUACGUUCAAUGGGCUGAAGAAAACUGCAAAGCCUCAUAAGGUCCAAGGGACAGGUGUGCUGAACGGUCUUAGGCUUCAAAUCCGAAACGGAGAUCAAGAAUUUAGCCUGAAUAGUAACUAUGGUUUCAAUGUCAUUGUUCACAAUCGUGAUGAGCCACCAAGACCAGAAAGUGAAGGCGUGGUGGUUGGACUCGGAAGCAGCCUCAAUGUUGGAAUGCAACAGGUGACUUCAGCCGUCAAAACACAAUUUUACUCCGGCCAAGAUUGUGUAACAAAUUUAGAUAAUCCCUCUAACAACUUAACAUUCUCAGAAUACUCAUCGUACUCUCGCUCUCUUUGCUUGAACGAUUGCUUUUAUACGCACAUUGCGAAUGAAUGCCAAUGUGUGGAGAAAAAAUUUUACACACCUGUUCGGAGUCCUUACACUGAAAUGAAGGAUUGUGGUUCAACAGACAUAUGCUGUGAAGUCUACACAUUUGAGACAUUCAAAGACAGCUGCAACUGCCCACUGAAGUGUGAAACAAUUGAUCGUACUCUCACAACAAGCAGUGCAACACAUUCAUUGAAUAAUGGACCCAACGCUGGAUCAAUGGUCGGUAUAAAUGUCUACUACGAGAGCCUUGUAACUGAAGUACGUGAGACAACAGAUUCGUACACUCCUUGGAGCCUGAUCUCUGAUAUUGGAGGCAACACAGGACUGUUCCUGGGCUUCACUCUGCUGACGAUGGGGGAGGUGCUGCUGUUGGUGCUUGGAUUGUGCACUGACUGCUGCUGCUUCUCUUGCAAGAAACGAUGGAAUCGUAAACAGCUGACAGUCUGAAAGACAAACAAUAAUCUGACUCAUUAUCAUAAUUAUAGCUUACAAUAGUUUAGAACACGAGCCUAUAUAUAUAGCUGUAUAGCCAUCAAAAGAUAUUGAUCUUCUACAAUACUGUUAUUUCCUUUUAUGCUGUGAAUAUAAUUGCAUUAGAACAUG